AUGGACCCAAAGAAACCAUCAAAGAACAUUCAUGACUCGACUUACCCCAUGGCAACAGGUAUGCCCGUCCAAGUAGAUGCCUAUGGUCGUCCUAUUGUGGAAGCUGUACCUGUUGUGCCUGGUAGUUAUCCUGCUUCCGCCAUUGCCACUCGUAUCGUGCCAAAUAACGCGAAUAUCCGUCGUGAUGCAGAGAAUAAUGCAUUAUGCAACAAAUGUUCAGCACCUUAUCCACUUCCUGCCGGUUGUACCAGUUGGCGAUGUCGCACGUGUGGUGAACUAAAUAAUGCCAGUACAGCUGGCUUUGAAUGCAAUAUUUUGUAA